AUGACCGACUCCGGUGAGCCGGUACGAACACUGAAAUGUGUGCUGGUUGGCGACGCGGCUGUCGGCAAAACGUCUCUGAUCGUCUCCUACACCACUAACGGAUAUCCUCAACACUACGUUCCAACCGCAUUCGACAACUACUCAGUUGUGGUACGCGUCGAUAAAAAGCCGGUUCGCUUACAACUGUGUGACACUGCAGGACAGGUGAGUCCGACAUUUUCGACAAGAUCAUUCUGUCAUAGCUGUUGA